GGAAAGCAAGAAACGUGGGUAGCCAGCUCAACUUGACACGUCUGCUUCGUGAAAAGUCGUUAAAUGAAAUUCGUUGAGAGUAUCAUUACUCACAUUAUUUUUAGCGGCCUUCCUUGUUGCACAACUUCUAUCUUUUCAUCUUCACCCAUCAUCCACCUUCAAUCCUCCCUCGUCUCUUUCUUCCUCAUUUUCAAUAAACUGAAACGCACUUUCUCAACUUCAAUUGAUAACAACAAGAGAUUAGAAAGGGAACAGAACCAUUAGAAUUCUUAGGAAAGAAAGAAAUAUUUCUCAAUAGCUUAGACAUUGAAAAGGGCUACGAAGCUAGUUGUUGGAAAUCUGUGCUUAAAAACUGAACUAGAAUGGUUGAAUCCCUUUUUGGAGUGGUUUUAAUGCUACAACUGGAAAAUGUCUUUUACUGAGUUAUGGAAGCUCAUCAAAUGCAUAAGUAUUCCCUGAACUCCCGUUGUUUGAAGUUUAUCUUGAAAGGUCUGUUCCAAUCUUGUUUUGGGUUCUCAAAAAGUGGUUGUACUGAAACAUGCUGAUGCUUAAGAAACUUUUGUAAUGAACCUAGAUUAUAUUUCUAAAGUAUUCAUAGUCUUGAACUAUAUGUACCUUUUUGAAAUGGUGAUUUCUCUGGAAAUUCCACUUCCCAUCUUGUUUUGGAAAAGUGAUCAAUUUCAAAAGGACCCCUUGAUUACGUGCUCACUGCUCAAGCCUCGCGCUUGAGCAACUCAAUUGAAUAUUCGUACUGAAAUCGUGAAAGCCCUCAAUGUUUUGGGCCUGAAGCAGGCCAUUGUGCUUUGUUUUCACGAUUUCUGGUCAAAUGCUAUAGAAAAGUUUAAAAAAGUGUUUCAUCCUUCAAAAUGUUUGACUGGCUUAUGGAAAUUGGCUUCCAGCAUUGGUGUUUUGAACUCGCUAAGUGUUUUGAGCUUCUCUACUUACAGUUUAAAUUACUCGGACUAAAAAGCUCUUCUUCUUGAAAUGAUAGUUUCAUAGACUUCUUAUUGUUGACCUGCAACGAUACUUUGAAAAUGAUUUAUAAAAUCUUUAACACUCACUGGCUAUGGACAAUAUAGCUCACUUGUUUAUUAUUUUGAAAACUAUUUUACAGGUUUAGCGAGGAGUUAGUGAUUAGGAGAUCAUAUCAUCUAAUGGUUAGUUGGAGCUCGAGCUCGACCUGAGUGGUAGUUUAGUUAGAAAUGUGUAAUAGUUAAAUCAUUGAUGUACAGUUUAAGGUUACAGUUGUAUUUAUAGCCACAUCGAUAACGAUUAUGACUUAAUAAUCGCUAUCUACUUAUCAAAUAAUUAAGUCAUUAUUGUGAUUUUUGAGUUGUGGAGUUCAGUUAGGAAUUAUAAUGUAUUUAUAGUGCUUGUGUCCUGGCUAGAGCUAGGCUAACAACUGGUCAGACCUUCCUUUCUUGUAUUUAAAAGAGGGGGUUUGGCCGGGUCGUGACAAAGCAACCUGAUGCUUGUACACUUGAAGCCUUAUCUGAGUCAGAAUCUACUUGGCAGAUUUUUAUAUCAUUCAAAGAAUUGUCAAGUUCCAUGUACGUUGGCUUGGAAACCUCCAGGAUUGCUUUCUUUCGGUGAAACCCUUUAUUUUUCUGGAGUUAGAGAGCUGCACUCCCAAAUGAUUUUCAGGCAUCAAGGCUUUAGCAUUAGCCAGGCGUCAACUCAAACAGUGGAAAUGGAGGAGAACAAUAUGAUGACUGAGGAAGAGACUGUUCAAUUAACGACUACACCUACGUCAUAUGAGUCUGCAAUGGAUGCACUUUCUUCUCUAAUCACUCGCCAAAAGCGUGGUGAUCCAUCAAAGAUAGCUGGUACAUAUUCGAAAUUGGACAGAAUGUCAAUGUAUACCCAGAUUUUAGGCUUGGAAAAACAUCUUGCUGGUCUCAAAAUCAUCCAUGUUGCUGGAACUAAAGGAAAGGGUUCAACAUGCGCCUUUUGUGAGGCCAUAAUGCGGGAGUGUGGUUUCAGAACUGGGCUGUUUACUUCUCCUCAUUUGAUAGAUGUUAGAGAGAGAUUUCGUAUCAAUGGGUUUGACAUAACAGAGGAUAAGUUCUUGCUAUACUUUUGGGAUUGUUGGAACCAGCUAAAGAAGAAUGUUACAGAUGACUUGCCCAUGCCUCCACUCUUCCAGUUCCUUACAGUUCUGGCAUUCAAAAUUUUUGUAGAAGAAAAGGUAGAUGUUGCUAUAAUUGAAGUUGGUCUUGGAGGGACAAAUGACUCAACAAAUGUGAUCAAGGAUCCUGUUGUUUGUGGCAUUGCUUCUCUUGGUAUGGAUCACAUGGAAUCAUUAGGACAUACGCUUGGAGAAAUAGCUACUCAUAAAGCUGGAAUUCUCAAGCCUCAAGUCCCUGCAUUCUCUGUAUCACAACUCUCCGAGGCAAUGGAUGUUCUCCGCGAAAGGGCCAACAAACUGAUGGUUCCUCUUGAAGUUGUUGAACCACUUGACCAUGAAAAGAUCAAUGGGAUAAAGCUGAGUUUGGCAGGUGAUCACCAGUACACCAAUGCUGCACUUGCAGUCUCUCUUUGUAAAAGUUGGCUUCAAACUACAGGAAACUUGGAAAAGCUUUUCCAACAAGACAACCAAAUAGAUGGUUUACCAGAACCAUUCCUAAAGGGUCUUUCAACUGCACGCCUCUCUGGAAGAGCGCAGGUGGUUUAUGACUGUUCCAGCUCCUCUAAUCUGUCCAUGACCAAUGGAGAGACUUCUGGAGAUUUGAUCUUCUAUUUAGAUGGAGCUCAUAGUCCUGAGAGCAUGGAAGCCUGCGGUAGAUGGUUUUCCAGUGUUAUAAAAGAUGUCAAAGAUCAAUCAUUUCCACAUUCUUGCUCGGAGCCUGGAACUGGGAAACCAAUAUUGGAAAAUGGUUUCAGGAAUAAUGGAAACCAACCGGCAGACAAGAUAUCAAAGCAGAUUCUUUUGUUCAACUGCAUGGAUGUGAGGGACCCACAAGUCCUCCUUCAGAAGCUUGAGUCUACCUGUGCACCCUCUGGCACCCACUUCUCAAAAGCCAUUUUUGUUCCAAGCAUCUCAACGUAUAGCAAGGUUACAUCGGGUGCUUCAGUCAUUCCCUUCGAUUCUCCUGCAAAGGACUUGACGUGGCAGUUCAAACUCCAAAGAACAUGGGAAAGGAUAAUACAUGGCAAAGAUUUUCCUGAGAAGACUCUCAAGAAUGAAAUCCCCGAAGGUUUUCCUCAUAGCAAGUUUCUUAAUGAGGAUGUCUCUCACUGCAACCCUGCAGAAGGAUAUUUUGCAUGCAGUUCAGUAGUUUCAUCGCUGCCACAGACUAUCAAUUGGUUAAGACAUUGUGUUAAAGAAAACCCAAGUCUUAAACUUCAGGUUCUUGUUACCGGAUCAUUGCAUUUGGUUGGGGAUGUUCUAAAACUCAUUCGGAGGUGAUGGCGUAUUUUCAUUGGAGCCUUUGAAAUUGGAAAUCCAAGUUCUUUGACUCUACGAUGAUUCCAACAAUUUGCAUAAUGACAUUAUCGUUUUUUUUGGGACAGAAUCAUGGAGACCUAAGCAUUUCGAUAUAAUGUUUGUAGGUUAAAUUGGACAGUUGUGACUGUAUUUUGAAGAUUCUUUUCAUAAAUUUCUAUUCAUGACUACGAGGGUUCUGAAGGGCCUUCUGUUUGGGGGGAAGGUGGGGGUUGACAAAUUGAGGGAGAUGGUAUCCUGUUGUAAGAGUGUGUUUAGGGUACUUAAAUCAUAUAACUACAUUUUUUUUUUAUGUAUACUAUAUGUUGGUGUAAAGGAUUUUACACCACAUUAGUUACCGAUUCUUCAAUAGAUUAAACACGUCAUGAAGUCUUAAGCCACAUUUGUCACUAUACAUAAUUGCUUUUUGUUUCAUUUUGUUUACGGCAGUUAGCACUUAACAGUUUUGGCG